UAUGUGCUAGGACCAACACUGUCACAUUUAAACCUCAAAACAACCCUGUGAAGUAGAUGUCAUCCCCAUUUCACAGAUGAGUCUUGGAAAGUGUAGGCAAUAUGCCCAAAGUCACAGUUAGGGUUGGAGUUAGGAUUGGAUCCCAGGUUUAGCUGCGGUCAAAGACUAGCUUCAUUCCAUCAAGUUGUGGUCCAGGGCUUCUGAUGUCCUGAACGCACUGUUUCUUCCUCUAGUCUAGUUUUCAAUUUUGUACCUACAAGGAGGGGUCCUUACGACUCCAUGGGCAGAAAGGCUGAACUCGGAAACUAGAACACCUCCUUCGGUCCAGAACUAGAGAGCGAAAGCGUUGUUUCCCGUCGGAAGCGGGAAAAAAAAAAAAAAAACCCGUGAGACCCGGAAGUUGCGUGUCGCAUCCCGGCGCCGGCCUUCCUAACCGGGGUGAGGCCGUAGCGGACUGCCCUUCCUAAAGAUGGCGUCGAAGACGGGUUCGCGACGGUGGAUGCUGCAGCUGAUCAUGCAGUUGGGUUCGGUGUUGCUCACACGCUGUCCCUUCUGGGGCUGCUUCAGCCAGCUCAUGCUGUAUGCUGAGAGGGCCGAGGCGCGCCGGAAGCCCGACAUCCCAGUGCCCUACCUGUACUUCGAUAUGGGGGCGGCCGUGCUGUGCGCUAGCUUCAUGUCGUUUGGAGUGAAGCGGCGCUGGUUCGCGCUGGGGGCCGCACUCCAACUGGCCAUUAGCACCUACGCCGCCUACGUCGGGGGCUACGUCCACUACGGGGACUGGCUGAAGGUCCGUAUGUACUCGCGCACAGUUGCCAUCAUCGGCGGCUUUCUUGUGCUGGCCAGCGGUGCUGGGGAGCUGUACCGUCGGAAACCCCGCAGCCGUUCUCUCCAGUCCACCGGCCAGGUGUUCCUGGGCAUCUACCUCAUCUGUGUGACAGGCUCCUCAGGCUGCUGGAGAGUCUUAGAGGGUGGUGUGUCUCCAGGCCUACUCACUGCAGCACAGCAAGGAGGACCGGCUGGCGUAUCUGAACCAUCUUCCAGGAGGGGAGCUGAUGAUCCAGCUGUUUUUCGUGCUGUAUGGCGUCCUGGCCCUGGCCUUCCUGUCAGGCUACUAUGUGACCUUGGCUGCCCAGAUCCUGGCCGUACUGCUGCCCCCGGUCAUGCUGCUUAUUGAUGGCAAUGUUACCUACUGGCACAACACGCGGCGUGUUGAGUUCUGGAACCAGAUGAAGCUCCUUGGAGAGAGUGUGGGCAUCUUCGGAGCUGCAGUCAUCCUGGCCACUGAUGGCUGAGUUGCACAGCAAGAGGCUGAGAUGGGUGCAAGGAGCCACUGAGGGCCACCCUACCUUCCUCCUUGCUGGCCCAGUUAUGUUUAUUUAUGCUUUUUGAUCUGUUUGUUUGAUCCUUUUGUUUGUGUGGGUAUAUGUGUUGGUACGAGGCAGGUCUCUUCCCCAAUUCCUGGGCUUGGCCCCUAGCGGGUGGGAGCCCUGAUAACGAUGCCUUACAGGGUUUUUUUCCUGUUCAUUAGGAGGAGAGCUGAGGCCGGUUGCUCCCCUGGGUCUCCUGUCCCAGAGGAGGGAAUAAGGCAGGGCUAGGGUGGGGAUACUGAGAGUGGGAGACAGAGGAAGGAAGACCGAGAGCCGGAAGUGAGCAAAUGUGAAAAAUUCCUUUUUGAACCUGGCGGGUACAGCUAGGCUCUGCUUUUUGGAGACCGAGGGUCAGGGCAGAGGAUCAGCCCAGGAGGAGCAGAGGGGCUGGGCACCAUAGAAGUCACGUGGGUUCUCAGGGUAUGCCAAGGGCAGAAAUAGCAUUAGCUGUCACCCACCUUGAGAGCAGAGCAGCCCCCAGUCUACUCUGGGGUGUGCAGGGGUGGGGCAGGCAGCACCAGCUUCCCGCCUCCUGCCUUCUGUCUCCAGCUCCAUGGUUGGCCUGGUGGGGUGAGUGCCCCCCAAACACCAGACUACACAGUCCUCCAAAAAUAAACAUUUUAUCUAGA